AGACAAGAAUUUGGAAUAAAAGUAGUUAAUUGAUUUUAAAAUGUUGUCUAAUAGAUUAUUAUUACUUGUUUUUAAAAGUAGCCAGUGUACUAUUUUAAAGGUGCCCCAAAUAAAUAACGGCUUCCGGUUGGCUGUUAAUAUACAAACUGCAAGACCCUUAUAUUCAAAGGUAACAUUAGGAAUUGAUACAUUUUUACAACAAUGCGAAACAACAGGAAAACAAAUGGAAAAUAUAUCUGAAAAAUUCAAAGAAAAGAUGUUUGAGUUUAGUCAACAUGAAGGCAAGCAAAUGGUAUUUACAGAAGAUUUAAAAAAUAUGAUACAUCUAUCCAAAGAUGAAAAAGAUCUUGAUUUGGUGGUCAAGAUGAUAAAAAAGUUCAAUAAACAGAAUAAGGAACUCAGAUUUGGAAGUUUUGUUUUUGGUCCAGUUGUUCUACGCCUAUUCCAUCAUCACAACAGACCUGAUUUAGCUUUAGAAUGCUUCAAAUCAGAUGAGCUAUCCGGAUUUUUUGAUCAAAUUAUAUCAUAUCAAAUUCUCUUAGACCUUCUUUUCGAAAACCAGAUGUAUCAAGAAAUACUUGACUGCGCAGAUUUGAUCAAAGAGAAACAGAUGGAAGGUAUGAAGUAUCCACGAAAUGUUGUUGUUCUUGUUAUGGCUGCCUGCUACAAAUUAAAUUCCAAAGAAAGCUUAGAAUACGCAUUAAAGUUGUGGCAAGAGUUGAAAGAUGUUGGCCAUUUUCCUAUGAGACGGGCAUGUACUUUUUGCGCAGGUAUAGCAUACAAUCAAGGAAAUCCAGGAAUAGCUUUAGAAAUACUCACAUCUGCGAAAAAUCAAAAUUAUACCACUGUAAGAAAUUUAAAGGUGGCGUGUUUGGCUUCUGUUGGUAGGGUUGAAAAUGUCAUUCCAAUACUGAAAGGCGUAUUGAGCGAAGACACACCGGGGAAUCAGAAGCACACUUUUAAUAAAGAUACGUUAGAGAAAGUUAAAGAAGCUGUUACCGCAUUUGAUAAUCCAGAAUUUGCAGUGGAAUUUAACAGAAUCGAACAGAUACUUCAGAAACAAGGGCAUAUUGUCGAUCAGACUAUGGAUGAACAGUUAUGCCAGGAAAUUCAGCCACCACCUGUGAUCACAGAACGAAGGCAAAAUAAAUUUCAGCCGAGAUUCAGACAACCCCAGAACACACAGAGGACGUAUACUAAAAAGAAGUCCUUCACUUUUCAGCAGCGACCUGGUUUAAAUGAAUUAGUGUGAAUAGAAUAGCAUAUUAUAGGAUAUUGUAAUUUUCUAUUAAAGAAAUAAGUACAUGUUAA